GGGGUCAGACAGCUCCUCGUGCCCAGGGGCCACAGCCUCGGGAGGGGUAAGAGUCUGGAGAGGAGCUACCUACACUCCCCUGGAGAUAUGCCCAACGCCGACUCCGCAGACAUGGAGGAGGGCUUCAGCGAGAGUCCAGAGGGGCUGGACCAGGACAGUGGCUCUUCCUCCGCUGGUCCAACCCCCAGAGGGCGCUCUGCUGUCAGCAGGAAACACCGCUUUGACCUGGCUGCUAGGACACUGCUGGCCCGCGCUGCUGGUCUGUACCGCUCGGUGCAGGCCCAUCACAGCCAGGCUCGUGGAGAGGGCAGUGCCCUACAGCAGGACACUGGACCUCUGUAUGACUUUAACCUCGACGAGGAGCUGGAGCUGGAGCUGGACGAGGAGACCAUGGAGGCCAUGUUCGGUCAGGACCUGGCCAGCGACACUGACAUCCUGGGCAUGUGGAUCCCAGAGGUACUGGACUGGCCAACAUGGGUGUGUGUGAGCGCAGCGCAGGGUUUUGCUGCUUCCUUUUCCUCGCCUUCACUAAUAAGCAUGUGUGAGACGGAGGAACGAGACGAGGUGGUAGUGUGUGAGUUGUGUGAGGCUAGCGUUGCCAACUUCAACCAGCACAUGAAGAAGAGCCACCCUGGCUGCGGGCGCAGCGCCAACCGACAGGGUUACCGGAGCAACGGCUCCUACGUAGACGGGUGGUUCGGAGGGGAGUGUGGCAGCGGGAACCCCUACUACCUCCUCUGUGGUAGCUGUCGGGACAAACACCUGGCGGUUAAGAGUAAAACCACAGUCCCCGUGUCGGAGAGGUAUAAAGGACUGGCCCCGGACCUCCUGGGGAAGCAGGACAGUGUCUAUGAAGAGGAAUGGGACAUGCUGGAUGUUGAUGAGGAUGAGAGGUUAACUGGGGACGAGGAGUUUGAGCUGCUGGCGGGACCGUUGGGUCUGAGCGAGCGCCGGGUCGUCCCAGAGGCCGUCCAGUUCCCGACAGUGACCCCCUGGGAGCGUCCGUAG